AGUCCUAAAGCAGAGCCUACAGACAAACUACAGAAAACACAGAGUAUGACCUCCAAGGCAUGCCAGACGACCAGAAUCUACAGGACGCAAGGCCGGAAAAAUGCCGAGGAAGUGGAGCAAGAGCCCUGCACUGCACUCGUGAAGACAUUCCCACAGCCGGAGAAGAAGGGGCGCAGGAGACGCAAGAAUGCUGUAACCACCCAGUGCGUCGUGUUCUGCUGCGAGGCAUGCGGCGACGCGUUCUCGGCGGCCAAGCACCUGCACCGGCACUGGCAGACAACGCAUCGGAAGAGGCCUCAGGGCAAACACACGUGCUCCUACUGCACCUACAGCAGCGACAGAAAGGCCCACGUCAAAAUGCACGAGCGGACCCACACCGGCGAGCGCCCGUUCUCCUGCUACAUCUGCCAGAAGGGAUUCUACCGGGCCGACGACGUCGAGACGCACAUGCGCGUGCACACCAAGGAGAAGCCCUACGAGUGCGAAGAGUGCGGCCAGCGCUUCAACGUCUCGUCCAACCUGAACCGCCACAAGAAGCUCCACACUGACGAUGCUGAAAUGCACGCCUGUCCCGACUGCGGCAAGACGUUCAACCAGAAGGUGCACCUCAAGUCGCACAUGCGAACGCAUACGGGCGAGCGUCCCUACCAGUGCAGCCAGUGCAACCAGCGCUUCACCGAGCUCGGGAGCGUCAGGAAGCACGAGCGCAUGCUGCACGCGGGCGAGUACCCACACUACUGCCCACACUGCGGCAAGGGACUCGCCAACAACUUCAAGCUGAAGAAGCACCUCCGCGCCCGCCACUUCGAGUUCAAAAUGGUGGACAGCGACGAGGAAGGCGGGAAGGUGACACAGACAGUGAAGUUGGAGUAAGAGGGGUCGGAGAUGCACAAUGUUUGGCGACUGAAUGGGUGUGGUAAGCAGUGCCCGGUGUUGCGAGCGCACAAAGUGAAAGGCCGAGUCAGACUAGACUGUCCAGUGUUCACAGGCUGUAAGCUGGCAAUUUGGCGAGCGCUUGACCAGGGCCUUCGAGCCAGA